AUGUCCGAUUUGUGGUCUUCUAUAGCCCUUGCCAUUGACCCGAAAAGAACCCAAGCGAUGCCUGUCGUCCUUCAAUCUACAAUCAAUCUCUUGGAGAGUGAGCUGGUGAAAGCCAGAGCGGCUCUCCAGGAGAUCCAACCCAGUGUCUCACCAUUUGGAUUCCUCAGUGAUGAGGUCGCGGUUGGGGCCAUGACCGCCUACAGGCAGGACCUCAUUGGCCGUGCCCCCGAUUUCUAUGGCGCUCGCCGAUUGACCUUGAAGGAGCUAGGCUUGGAGCCGGUGGUGUGCGAACUGCCGGUGGAACAGGUCCCGGUGCAACUGAUGCCUGCGCCUCGAUCAACCUCCCUGGAGGAUUUGCUGAGCAAUAAUUUGAUCCUGGACCAAAUGGCUCCUUAUCUGUCAGUUUCCUCUUUGAUGGCAUUGGACUCAACGUCCAGUCGCCUACACAAAGUCAUCACUCAGACUCCAUAUGAGAACGAUUCUCAAACGGAGGAUGAGGUCUAUGCGGCUCCAUUAAAGCGCAUUUUCAGCAGUCUGGAGCGCAGAGGCAUCCUACGAGAUGUGCGUACCCUCAUCUUGGAUGGUCUCUCAGUACCUGCAGAUCUUGUGGAGGAAAUCUUCCGGGAUGACCGCUUCAACGUGAAUAUUCUAUCCAUUCGCGAGUGUCGGCAUCUCAAUGAGCGCAAACUCAUGCAGAUUAUUCAACAUGCAGUUCGGCCUACACGUCCUGCAAAUUCACCAAGGAUCAAGGGCAUCUAUCAUUUCUCGCCAAUGCAUGCAGCUCCGCGACCGGUUGCACGACCCCGAUAUCGUGAUUGGUGGGGAUCCCGUGUCGGAACACGUAGCCCCAGCCAGACUCGCUCAGAGUCUGAUCAGGACGCUUCAAAGCCUGCUAUAGAGCGGCAACAAAACGAGUGGUAUAGCCCAACAGGCAAGCUGUUCAAACAUAGCCUGGAGGAUGGCUGGGCCCAAGUGCUUCAAAAAUGCGAAAAUAUCAUCACUUUCGAUGCCGCCCUCUGUCGCGGCCCGAGACACGAUGCCAAUCUGUUUUCAGGUGAGAACUCGCCAGUGGAGGCGCCGUUGCUCGGACCCGCAGUGGCCACCGUAGCUCUCGGGCCCCGCGGCUGUGAUGGGUGCCACAGUUCCCCCGAGGGUCCGGCUAUCUGGGGUCAAGCCCCAGAUGUGCAAUUCCCGUUGCUGAGUCCUCCGCCACUGCACUCAUCUACUGUUGCUGCAGCAAAGCGCCCUGAGUUGAUUCCGGGGGAGCAUCCAGUUCUCAUUGCUCGGUGUGCAGACUGCCUCACCAACCGCUGGUGUCAUCGGUGCAACAAGUGGUUCUGUGGCAACUGUCUGCCAAAUCCACAACGUGUACGAGUAAGCUUGUCACCGCAUCAGACAGCCCUUCGCUCGGACCAACAUGACAGUGAGCUACAAGAGCGAGGUGUGAGCAAGGAUUGCUGGGAGUGUGGCCCAACAUGCGCUUCUUGCAAAUUAGAGUGCCAACAUACUUGCCAAGGUUGUUCAGGGGACUAUUGUAUUCAGCACAACGAAGGAUGCUCGUCCACCCUAUGUGACUGGUGUAAUACCAGUUCUCGCCACCGCAUGCGAGGUGACAUUUAUUAA